CCUCCUCCUACUUCAGCCUCGGCCCCCGUGAGCCGCGAAAUGGCGGCGCGGCGGGCGCAUCUCGCUUCACCCUCCUCCUCGUCGUCGUUGUCUCCCAGCUCGGGCUCGCUGGACACAACAACAGCGGCAGCGGCGGCGGCAGCAGCAACAACAACAGCAGCAGCAGCCGCUGCCACUACAACUGCUGCAGCAAUGACAACGACAGCGGCGGUGUCUGCUACGUCUUCCCCAUCCACGACGGCGGCGGCAGCGGCCGCCGUAGCGGCGGCGGCGGCGACAGGGUCCGGGCCGGGUUCCGGCCAGGACAGCUCCGCCGAUGGAGGCGAUGCGGGCAAGGAGCUGUUCGAGGCGUGCCGUAAUGGGGACGUGGGCCGCGUGAAGCGCCUCGUCAGCCCUCUCAACGUGAACGCACGGGACACCACGGGCCGCAAGUCCACGCCGCUGCACUUCGCGGCCGGCUUUGGCCGCAAGGACGUUGUGGAACACCUCCUGCAAAACGGGGCCAACGUGCAUGCCCGCGACGAUGGCGGCCUCAUUCCCCUGCACAAUGCGUGCUCGUUUGGCCACGCCGAGGUGGUAAACCUGCUGCUCAGGCAGGGCGCCGACCCCAAUGCUCGUGACAACUGGAACUAUACCCCGCUCCACGAGGCUGCAAUCAAGGGCAAGAUUGACGUGUGUAUAGUGCUCUUGCAGCAUGGUGCCGACCCGGGAAUCCGUAAUACGGACGGCAAGACGGCUCUCGACCUGGCCGAGCCAACUGCUAAAGCAGUGCUCACAGGUGAAUACAAGAAGGAUGAGCUGCUCGAAGCGGCCAGGAGUGGUAAUGAGGAGAAGCUGAUGGCUUUGCUCACGCCGCUGAACGUCAACUGCCACGCCAGCGACGGCCGCAAGUCGACGCCCCUACACCUGGCAGCCGGAUACAACCGCGUGCGCAUCGUUCAGCUGCUGCUGCAGCACGGAGCCGACGUGCAUGCCAAGGACAAGGGGGGCCUAGUUCCUCUUCACAACGCCUGCUCCUAUGGACACUAUGAAGUGACGGAACUUCUCGUUAAGCACGGCGCCAGCGUGAACGCCAUGGAUCUGUGGCAGUUCACGCCACUACACGAGGCAGCGUCAAAGAACCGUGUGGAAGUUUGCUCGCUGCUGCUGAGUUACGGCGCGGACCCCACGCUCCUCAACUGCCAUUCGAAGAGCGCCAUCGACCUGGCACCCACCUCUGAGCUCAAGGAAAGGCUCGUCUAUGAGUUCCGGGGACACUCGCUGCUCCAGGCGGCGCGGGAGGCAGACGUGACGCGUGUCAAGAAACACCUGGGGCUCGACAUCAUCAACUUCAAGCACCCGCAAACGCACGAGACCGCCCUGCACUGCGCCGUUGCGUCUCCCUACCCAAAACGCAAGCAGGUGUCCGAGCUGCUGCUCAGGAAGGGGGCCAAUGUGAAUGAGAAGACCAAGGAUCUCUUGACUCCUCUCCACGUGGCCUCCGACAAGGCGCACAAUGAUGUGAUCGAUGUGCUCUUGAAACACGGCGCCAAGAUCAACGUGACGGACUCGCUGGGCCAGACAUCCCUGCACCGGGCAGCCCACGCGGGCCACCUGACUACGUGCCGCCUGCUCCUGUCGCACGGCUGUGACCCCAAUUUGCCCUCCCUGCAGGGCUUCACCGCCGCACAGCUGGGCAAUGAGAGCGUGCAACAGAUCCUGCAUGAGAGUAGCCUUCCGGUGAGGAACUCUGAUGUGGAGCAUCAGCUGCUGGAAGCUGCAAAAGCUGGGGACUUGGACACAGUAAAGCAACUGUGUACCACGCAGACGGUGAACUGCCGGGACAUGGAGGGCCGGCAUUCUACGCCGCUGCACUUUGCGGCCGGUUACAAUCGCGUGUCGGUAGUGGAGUACCUGCUGCAGCACGGUGCCGACGUACAUGCCAAGGAUAAGGGGGGCCUCGUACCCCUCCACAACGCAUGCUCCUACGGCCACUACGAGGUGGCAGAGCUGCUGGUGAAGCGUGGCGCCGUCGUCAACGUUGCCGACCUGUGGAAGUUCACACCGCUGCACGAGGCUGCCGCCAAGGGAAAAUACGAAAUCUGCAAGCUCCUGCUCAAGCACGGCGCUGACCCAACAAAGAAAAACCGUGAUGGGAACACGCCAUUGGACCUCGUGAAGGAGGGCGACACGGACAUCCAGGACCUGCUGAGGGGCGACGCCGCGCUCCUGGACGCCGCCAAGAAGGGCUGCCUGGCGCGCGUGCAGAAGCUCUGCUCCGGCGAGAACGUCAACUGCCGCGACUCGCAGGGACGCAACUCCACGCCGCUGCACCUGGCGGCCGGGUACAAUAACCUGGAAGUGGCGGAGUACCUCCUGGAGCACGGGGCAGACGUCAACGCACAGGACAAAGGCGGGCUCAUCCCUCUGCACAAUGCAGCCUCCUAUGGGCACGUGGACAUCGCAGCACUGCUCAUCAAGUACAGCGCGUGCGUGAACGCCACGGACAAAUGGGCGUUCACGCCGCUGCACGAGGCGGCGCAGAAAGGGCGCACGCAGCUGUGCGCUCUCCUGCUUGCGCACGGAGCUGACCCCAGCAUGAAAAACCAGGAGGGGCAGACACCGCUCGACCUCGCCACCGCGGACGACGUACGAGCACUGCUGAUAGACGCCAUGCCACCCGAAGCCCUGCCUGUCACCCACAAGCCCCCCAGCAUCCCGACCAUAGCUGCCACCUCUGCUGCCGCCACCGCCGCUCUGGCUCUGGGUCCCACGCCAGCCCUGGCCUCGCUGGCACCGUCUCCUGUCCCGAGUGGAGCUUCGGCGAGCGGAGCGGGUGGCGUGCCGCUCCUGGCCUCUCCGUCCUCCACGCCGGCAUCCCUGUCCGCUGCCAGUAGCAUGGACAGCCUGACGGGGGCCUGCGGCGUAGCUCCAUCGCCGGUGCCGGCCGGCGCCAUCGGGGCGGGGGCAGCGGGAGACGGCACACUGCUGGGCGCUUGCGGGGUGUCGGCGGCCGAUGGGGCAACGGGACCCGCCGACAAGCCAGACCGCUCGGCCGACUUUGAAAUUCCAGGUUUGGACAUGAACAUUAACAUGUUCCUGAAAGGUCUGGGACUCGACCACCUCCGCGACAUCUUUGAGAAAGAGCAGAUCACCCUGGACGUCCUCGCGGACAUGGGCCACGAGGAGCUCAAGGAGAUCGGCAUCAACGCCUACGGACACCGCCACAAGCUCAUCAAAGGCGUCGAGAGGCUCCUCGGAGCGCAGCAAGGUGGGUUGGCGUACCCUGGAGCGAACCCCUAUCUGUCUUAUCACACGACGGCACAGGGCACGCUGCUCAUCGACCUGCCGCCCGACGAUAAGGAGUACCAGAGUGUGGAGGACGAGAUGCAAAGCACCAUCCGGGAGCACAAGGAUGGUGGACAGGCUGGCGGAGUCUUCAACAGAUACAACGUCAUUAAGAUCCAGAAGGUGCGCAACAAGAAGCUGUGGGAGCGCUACACGCACCGCCGGAAGGAAGUGACCGAGGAGAACCACAACCACCACAAUGAGCGCAUGCUGUUCCACGGCUCCCCCUUCAUCAACGCCAUCAUCAACAAGGGUUUUGAUGAGAGGCACGCCUACAUCGGCGGCAUGUUCGGCGCCGGAAUCUACUUUGCGGAGAACUCGUCAAAGAGCAACCAAUACGUGUACGGGAUCGGCGGGGGCACGGGCUGCCCCGUGCACAAGGAUCGCUCCUGCUACAUCUGCCAAAGGCAAAUGCUGUUUUGCCGCGUGACGCUCGGCAAAUCCUUCCUGCAGUUCAGCGCUAUGAAGAUGGCGCACUCGCCGCCGGGACACCAUUCCGUGAUCGGACGGCCGAGCGUAAACGGCCUGGCCUUCGCCGAGUACGUCAUCUACCGCGGCGAGCAGGCUUACCCGGAAUACCUGAUCACCUACCAGAUCCUGAAGCCCGAAUGCACGCCAGACUUGACCUCGGCCGCUGGGCAGAAGUCUUAGUGAAACAGCGCACGACUUGUUUGUAAAUAAGAACAUGGACAUUAUUAUUCUUAUUGUUGCUGUAACUGAGAAGGCAUUGUUGUUUUUUGGACUUUUGGAUAUACAGUAGUAAGAAUGAGUGAACGGUGAUGUUGCCACCGAUUUAAUGAAGCUUGUGAGAGCGCCCAGCAAGAUAUCGUCCCGAAAGCUUUGACCCAAGGUCUGCAAAGUUGCACUGUCGAGAUCCCCCUUUUUAUUUCAGCGUGCUGCUUCGUUGUGCCAUCGACAAGUCAAGUUGUACCGGUCCGCAGGAUACUGCGGGCAGUUUCUUUUUCGUUGGGGGUAAUGGCUUCAUCCGCUUGAGGAGCGCGUCGCGGCUGCCACUUUAAAAAAGGUCCUGGUGCGAUAGUGGGGGUGUGUGCAACCUUUUUGACCUUUUGUGGUGUUUGUGUCUCCGUCGUGGAGCUUUUUAAUUGCCGGGAGCAAAGAGGUCAUAAUAAGGGGUUUUUUUGGGGUUAGAUCCCGUAGGUAUAAGUGUGACGUUAACCUGCUGCCAUCCGACACUGCCAACCAGUAAGGUUUGUCACGUAAACAUAAUGUGCCAAUUAGUUACUAGUUCAGCCAACCAGUGUGUUGGAGAGUAAAUUUGCAACAUUUACAAUUUGAGUACGACGUUUCGCUGGCAAUUACAUUCAGCAUCAUCGGGGGAUUUUGCUAGAAGAAAUGUCGUCCUCAAAUUGUAAAUGUGGAUUUGCUCUCCAAUACACCGGUGGGCUAAACUAGUAACUUAUUGGCAAGUUUUUUUUACGUGACACAGCUUACUGGUUGGCUGUUUCGGGUGCUGGUGGGUUAACGACACGUACGUACGCGAUCUAACCCAAAAAAAACAAUUAUGAAUAAUAUUGGUUGCGAAAGCCUACAUGUCAAAUUGAGCAAAGAGUUGUUCAGAAUCUGGUAUUCUACGUCGCAAAAUGGAAGGAAAUUUAAGUGAAUGCAAACUUAAACGAUUGAUUGCCCACUGCUGAUGCCAGCUUAAACAAAUUUUAAGAUUUGCUUCAGCUGGUCGGUUCUUGGAAUAACAAUUAUACUCAAGCCUGGGGUUGUGCGAGAAGGCUGUAUUGUAUUUACCAGUUCUUGAGAAUAGUAAACAUUGUCCACACGUCGUUCAUAUUUCUUACAGUGAAGGUUUUGAUUUGUGGUUUUGACGAGGUCCUGGAAACUGUUGCAAUACUGUUAUGGGUUUAUAUCAUGGCCUGUUUAGUUCCUGUGCACGUAAAAACCCACCUUUAUAAAUAACUUAACUGAAAAUUUAAGGCAAUAAUUCUAUAUUUAAGAGUUCCAUAACAAACGACAUGUUUCGGCUGUUCAUAGUUCAUUAUAACUUUUGCUUUAAAAUGUUGAGCUAUUUUCAAAAGCGCUCCUUUGAAAUCCAAUUUGUUGGUUGACAGGAGCCACGUAAUGGUACCGUACGUUUUGGUGAAUGAACGACCUUUCGGGGUUUAACCCGCCCAGCGCUCGCUCGCUCACUCUAAAUAAUCUCUCCCAUGUUUACAGAAAUUCCGUGCGUGGUCCAAACAUUGCCCCUGAUAUCCACCGUGUCCCGACGUCUCCUCCCUUUAGAUGCGUAAUGCAGCGACGGCGGUGAUGGUGGUGUCCGUGGCAGGAUGGUCAAUAUUUAUGAACAAUUGAUCUUUGCAAUAACAUAAUGAACUGACGUUAGACCACCUACCUGGAAGGCAACUUGUAAUGUUGAACACGUUUAUUUCAGUCUUUACGAAGAAGGACACGGCAAGAGUGGGUUUCGGGAACGGACGCAAUAUUAUAAUUAUUGUAUCAUUGUUAUUAUAUAUAUAGCUCUGUUGUUAAGCCGCUGCUUUGUCUUGUGCUGUGAUGUCUCGGCGUUCUGCAUGUGCUGUUUUAUUUUAUUUUGAAGUUUGCUUUUGUCCGGUUUGUAUCUAGCAUACUCCCAUCUUCUGUAUCAUAUUUCACAUUUUAGAUUGUCUGCUGUGAAAUUAAAUAAAAACUUGUACAUUGUUGAGUUUGA